GAGUGAGAGAGAGAGAGAGGAAUGGCCGUUUUGCGAUUCAUUGAUUGAUCACUUGGACGCGAUUUUUGAGUGUGAAAAGCUUCAGUUUUUUUUGGGUUCUGUUGGAGAGAGAGAGAGAGAGAGAGAGAGCGCGCGCUCUGAACAUGCAGUUGGGAUUGUGAAGAGAGAGAAGAGUGGGUGGUGGAGUUCAUAGCUGGGAAUGUGAAAGAGUACGAUUCUAAUUCUUCUCGGGAAUUGAAAGGUUGAAUUCUUUCUCUUCCAUUUCCAGAUCCUCUCUUCUCUCGCCUAAUUUUUGAAAAUGGGUCUGUCUCAGACUUGGAUUUCAGUCUCCGGGGAGAAUGUUUUCCAUCUGUUAUGAUUUUCUCUGUUUUCCAUCCAUCUGUGUUCCUCCCUGACCCUGAGAAUCUGAAGUGGAAUAUGUCUGUCUAGGUUAAGUAUAAUCUGGGGGAAAACGCUGAUAUUUUUAUUGGAUUCAGUGAACAUGUGUGUUGUAUUGUUCUACGAGAUUCGGGGAAGGAAGGAUGAAUGGGUAUCGUUCGCAAUCGAGUUUCCAAUAUCCUCUUUCUCAGAAUUAAAUUAAUGAACCAGAUCUCUCCACUGUAUUUCCCAAGAAUUUCACGGGUGUUUGUUUUCUUACGUUACCUUUUCUUCGCUUUCUCUUUCUUUUGGUUUCUUUCCUGUGAGCUCUUUGCGUGCCAUCUCUCUCUCUCUCUCUCUCUCUCUCUCUCUCUCUCUCUCUCUCCUUUUUCGUGAAGAACCCGAUUCUCUGAGCACAAAAGACGAAUUCGCUUUGCUUUCUUCCCCUUUUAACCACCUCUUCACCCUCUUUUUGUCUCUGCUCCUUCAUUCCCUUCUCUCCGCCUAUACGUAUAUACUUCUAUAUACGUGUUUCUCUCUGUAUUAAGAGAAGCCAUAGGUGAAGAAGAAAGAGGCUUAGAUGUAUAUGGAAACUAAAUUGAUCCAUCUUUCGUCUUCGUUAAGCAUAUAUAGAACAGAGAAGGAAACGGAAAACCCAAAACCCUUUUCCCAAUUUUCUUGCUCCUCUUUCCGGCUAACUUUUCGGCUUUUCUCAAGCUCCGAUUUCUUUUUCUUCUUCUUUUCCCUGACAUUGUACGAACUGUAACUGUAGAGCUGGGAUAAAGAUCUGAAGGGCCAUCCAAUUUUGGACGCAAUUUUCGAUCCAUUUUGGGCCGUCCAACCCGUUUGCAGUUCGAUGUUAGCGUUACUGUCGUCGUCUGAGAAAUGGACAAGGCUCGAGACGUGAGGCGUGGAGGAGCGAGCCGGUUACCGCCUUCGAAUCGGCGGAUUAUGAAGCAAUCUGAAGGCCUGCAAUCGCGUUUGUUUGAUUUGGUUAAAGGUUUAGAUGGUAAUGGUGGGGAUGCUGUUUUCUCCAAGAAAUUGAAGAGAGAGAAAAUGAGGAGAUUGAAUGUUGUUGGUAAAGUGAGGUCAAGUCACGAAGAUGGUGAAAUGGGUCCUCAUAACUCUGACGGCGAAGAUGACUUUCCUCCCACCAUUAGCAAGAGAAUUAAGCUUUCUAGAAAGUUUUUUCAUGAAUCUGGUACAGUUGAUUCUGCUUGCGUUCCUCGGAAGCUACGGUCAGCCAUGAAGAAGCGCAAUAGUGAAUCCAUUUCACUGCCAUCAUCUGAUAAGAAGCAGCCAAAUCAUGAGAUAAAUGGAGUCAAAUUACCUAGAAAGGAUGGCAUCAAGAAAUCCAGGCCAAAUCAAGGAAAAGACUCAGCGGCAAAGAUGCACAGCAUAGGCCCAAUCACAAAAGAUGAGGAAGAAGUGGUCGAGACUCUGUAUGCUUUGGCUGAUAUGUUCCCUAACAGUAACAAUAAGAAAGGUUUGGGUGGUGAAUUGGGAGAAGAAAAACCUUCGCCUUUGCCAGAACAGGAGAGUUCAAGGCCUGCACUUGAAGAUUCUGCAGCUCCUGGGAAGGAAGAGCAAUCCAUGCCGCUUUGCCCUUCUGCAUCUGCCCAGACUGCUAAUGUUGCCUUGGUAGAAGGUUCAGCUCAAGACUGCAUAGAAGUCAAAUGUUUGAAUGAACCAUCACAGCCUACUUUCUGGGAUGGCACAGAAUUGGGUAUCGCCACUUCCCAGAGAAAUGGUCAAGCAGUCUCUCUGUUAGAGAAGAAGGAACCCAUAGAUUGGAAGCCGCCCUACAGUGCUGUUGGUUGCAAUGUCCAAUCUGAGAUAUGCCUGGAGAUUGGUUCGAAGCAGUCGUAUUAUGUGGAAGCUGCAGCUUGUGUGGGAAGAUCAGAGGUUGGACUGGGACCAGCUGCAGCAGGUAGCAGUCAACUUGAACUACAGCACACCCGGAAGGAGAGCAAAAAUAGUGGUCCAGCACUGUGGCCAGGCUUCUCUUCAGCAGUAUCCCAUGGUGCAGUGGCUCAGGGACCUCCCUUGCAGACAAACACAACGAAGAUUCCUUCUUGGAUGGCUGUGUCUACAUCUGCAAACCGACCUGGUUCAGCUGGAGAGGAAUCAAAAGUUCCAAUUGGUAGGGCGUCGUGGAAGAGAUGUUCAUCUCAUGUUUAUAUAAGUCGUCUCAUUAAGGUCUUGCAAAUUGCGGAGAACACAGGCAGGCAGCCUACACAUCCUAUUCAGAUGACAUCAAAUGAAGGGGUUCAUUUAGCAGCCAACAACAACCUGGUCACGGCGAGAGAUGAUUUGAAUGGAGCUGUUUCUGCUGACAAGAGUCCGGGUGAAGUUAGGAAUGCUAUUCUUCUGCACAAGAGACUCCUUCAGGAUCAACAACAGGCUUCCACCACAUCUGUGCUUUAUGCAUCAAAAAAUCAGAGGUUUGAUUUGUUGUCCUUGUCAAGUGGAGGAGGAGGGGGUGGUAGGAUAGAAGCUACCAAUUGUAAUAACAAAAUUGGAAAUUGGAUAGAGCCGCCGCUGACACAAUUUCAUAUUCCAUAUCUGCAAUCACUUGCACAGAAUCCGAAAAUGAUGCCCCACCUUGCUCUUCAACAAAAUCGUUUUUCCCCAGUUCCUUUUGCCGAUCAUCUUCCAGCAGCAGCUGCAGUAAGGCAGCAGCAGCAGCAGCAGGUACAUCAUCUUCAGCAGGCCUCCUAUUUUGGCAGCCCACUUUUGGGUUCUCUGGGUAGUACUGCAUUGCCACAACAGCAGCGGCAACAGAUAUGGACACCUCAGUACAAGCCCGUGGCACUCCCGAUCUGGCAAAAUGGACGACAAGACCCGGCCUCUGCGAUCCAGUUUGGUCAGUCUAUUCCACCGCCUCCACAUUCUUCACUAGAAACACUCGGCCCCAAGUAUGCUCCCAUGGCUCACCAGAAACAGCAGCUCGUUGCUGUUACUUCACCUUUGCCCUCUGCAAGAGCCAUGGGGAAUCACCUCCAUUCUGGAUACGAAAUCAACGGAGUUGCUUCCUACACCGAUGCUGCCUCACUGCCAUUGCAAUUACUCUGCAACGAACAUCUGUAAUCACCAGUCGUAUUUCCUAAUGUGCAUAGUUUAGGCUAGAUGCUCAAGUUAAGCUCGGGUUAACUCCUCUCGCGGCAACCAUGUUGCAGUUACUAAGGAUGCCUUGUUAUUCAGUAUUGGGGGCAUCAACCAUAUGGCUGCUAGAAAGAGCAAUUGAGAUCCAGAGGGAAACCCACCCACAGGAACCCUAUGGGCCAUUCCAUCAGGUGAGUGAAGAAGUUUUGUAGUGCCUGUUUAGGCAUCAUCAUCUACUGGGAAAGCCUGAAGAAGAAUGGGUGCAUAAUUUUAAAUGCAAUGCUAAAGAUCUGGAGUAGUUGGUAAUAUGUAGCGUAGCUUGGCUUGGCCUUACAACUCUCUUUUCAGAUCCCUAUGUUAGUAAAACUCGAAUUAAUGGAAUUGUGUUUCAUCCCCCUUGAGAUUGGGAAGGAAUAGAAGCUGCUAAGGAUGUGGCCAUGUUUUUUAA